AUGCCAACAGCUUGUGUGUAUGUGUCGGGUGGCCAGGUGCAGGUGGGCGGCCUCCACGUGUCCCCGGGCGCUGUGCACAUCCUGUCGGAGAGCACGCUCACCAUGCCAGCCAUCGUCAGCAUGGCGGUCGGCGGCGGCCUGCUGCUUGUCAUCGUCGUGCUCGUCCUGGUGGCCUAUAGGCGCAAGUCCCACGAGAACGACCUCACCCUCAAGCGGCUACAGAUGCAGAUGGACAACCUGGAGUCCCGGGUGGCCCUCGAGUGCAAGGAAGCCUUUGCUGAGCUGCAGACAGACAUUAAUGAGCUGACCAGCGACCUGGACCGCGCCGGUAUCCCCUACUUGGACUACCGCACGUACGCCAUGCGGGUCCUCUUCCCGGGUAUCGAGGAUCACCCAGUGUUGAGGGAGCUGGAGGUCUCUGGAAAUGGCCAGUUGAGUGUAGAGAAGGCCCUGAAGCUCUUUGGCCAGCUUGUCAACAACAAGGUGUUCCUGCUGACGUUCAUCCGCACCCUGGAAGGCCAGCGCUCCUUCUCCAUGCGUGACCGCGGCAACGUGGCCUCGCUGGUGAUGACGGCCCUGCAGGGCAGGCUGGAGUACGCCACCGACGUGCUCAAGCAGCUGCUCUCCGAUCUCAUCGAGAAGAACCUGGAGAGCAAGAACCACCCUAAGCUUCUGCUGCGGAGGACAGAGUCUGUGGCUGAGAAGAUGCUGACAAAUUGGUUUGCCUUCCUGCUUCAUAGGUUCCUGAAGGAAUGCGCCGGUGAGCCUCUCUUCAUGCUCUAUUGUGCCAUCAAGCAGCAGAUGGAGAAGGGUCCCAUCGAUGCCAUCACGGGCGAAGCGCGGUACUCGCUCAGCGAAGACAAGCUGAUCCGGCAGCAGAUCGAGUACAAGACCCUGAUCCUCAACUGCGUGAAUCCCGACAACGAGAACAGCCCUGAGAUCCCAGUCAAGGUGCUCAACUGCGACACGGUCACACAGGUGAAGGAGAAGAUCCUGGACGCCGUCUACAAGAACAUGCCGUACUCGCUGAGGCCGCGCGCCAUCGACAUGGACCUGGAGUGGCGCCAAGGCCGAGUGGCUCGUGUGGUGCUGCAGGAUGAGGACAUCACCACCAAAAUCGAGAAUGACUGGAAGAGGCUCAACACCCUCCUGCACUACCAGGUAUCAGACCGCUCCAUGGUUGCCCUAGUCCCCAAGCAGACCUCGUCCUACAACAUUCCCGCCUCGGCGGGCGUGUCUCGCACCAUCAGCCGAUACGAUUCUGCUUUCCGCUACACUUCGGGAAGUCCGGACAGCCUGCGUUCCCGCGCCCCCAUGAUCACGCCCGACCUGGAGAGCGGCGUCAAGGUCUGGCACCUGGUGAAAAACCACGAGCACGGCGACCAGAAAGAGGGCGACCGCGGCAGCAAGAUGGUGUCCGAGAUCUACCUGACCAGACUGCUGGCCACAAAGGGCACCCUGCAGAAGUUUGUGGACGACCUGUUUGAGACCCUCUUCAGCACGGCGCACCGAGGCAGCACCCUCCCGCUCGCCAUCAAGUACAUGUUCGACUUCCUGGACGAGCAGGCCGACAGGCACGGCAUCCACGACACGGAUGUGCGUCACACGUGGAAGAGCAACUGCCUGCCUCUUCGUUUCUGGGUAAACGUCAUCAAGAAUCCACAGUUCGUCUUCGACAUCCACAAGAGCAGCAUCACGGACGCCUGUCUCUCCGUGGUGGCCCAGACCUUCAUGGACUCCUGCUCCACCUCUGAGCACCGACUCGGCAAGGACUCACCCUCCAACAAGCUGCUCUACGCCAAGGACAUCCCCAACUACAAGAGCUGGGUGGAGAGGUACUAUGCAGAUAUCCACCGUCUGCCGGCGAUCAGCGACCAGGACAUGAACGCCUACCUGGCGGAGCAGGCCCGCCUGCACUCAGCCGAGUUCAACAUGCUGAGCGCGCUCAACGAGAUCUUCUCCUACGUCAGCAAGUACAGCCAGGAGAUCACAGCGGCCCUGGAGCAGGAUGAGCAGGCCAGGAAGCAGCGGCUGGCCUACAAGGUGGAGCAGCUGCUGGGUGCCAUGGUUCAGGACAGCUGAGGGCUCGGCGACCUGGCAGCUCCCUCCCAACUCCCACCCCACCUCCCCAACAUCAGAGACACCUUCUCCAAUCAUGGGGAAACGCAGCUGGCCUUUUCAGAAACGCAUUCGUUAAAAUGUACUGUUUAGAGUUUUAGUUGAUUCCAGGCUGCUGCCACGCCGCUUGCGGGCAUCCACAGUGCCGUGCAGUUACUAUGGAGACCGGCUGGAGGGCGGAGAAAUGGUGGAAAGCGGGGGAUUGGCCAGGUGUUACUUCCUAUUUUCCAGCACAGAUUUUGUGAGUCAGGCUUCUGUCUUUGAACCUGGAUCCUGGCAGGAUGGACAGCUGUGAUUGGCCACCUGGCAUCAGUGGACAGGAGAGAGCCGUAUGGUCGGGUUUAGUGCAUUCUGGAGUUUUUAUUUAUUUUUUCACUUCUAAUUUAUUCCCAUCGGUUGGGUUUCUUGUUAGUGGGUUAAGCGGCUACUGCAUGUUUUUUUUUUGGUUCUUCUAAAGAGUGAACAGUGUUGCUAAUGCAGCCAUAGGUUGGAGGAUAUUACCACCGAAAAGUGAAAACUGUUUCCUUUAAUGGAAUUAAAAAAUAAAAACAGGAAAACUGAUGGAAUGAGCACCACUCUGAAAGACUAAUGUGAAUUCCAGAAGGGUCAGAGUUCAUCGAACAAUAUCUGUUGUGAUCAUCAGGUCAACUGAAUGUGUAUCUUCAAUAUUCCAGGAGUCUUCUGCGUGGUAAAUCUUGAAGAUACGAUUGUUGCUCUUUCACUUUCCAAAAAUAUGUUUUUUUUUAAAUACAAUAUCAAAAAGAACCUUAGGAUUUAGAGCUGAUAUGGUUUAAAUACAUUUGAAAGAUGUUGUAUUAGCCUGAGAACUGUUUAACAGCUCUGCAAGAACUUUCCAGACUUCAUUGCUGGUCUGCACCAGGACAUGGGCUUUGAGGGAAGGGCGUAGCCACAGCCCAGCAACCAUGACCUGCAACUUUGAUGCCUGGGAUGAGGUGUGAAGGGAAGAGAGAGGACAGGGACCUCUCCCUCUCUGGCAGUGGUGGUGGGGCUGGGGGACCUCUUAUGCUCACCCACCAUGGACCACUCCCUCAUGCAAGUUUCUUGGUCUGGUUUCACAUGCUGCUGCCUUGAACGCUUAUUCUUUGGUGCCAGUUCACAGAAAGUGAAGCAAAGAAAUCCAUCCAUCAGCGGCUUCAGGACGGCAACAAAGGGGGCAAUUUCGGGACCCCAGUUCACUUAGCUGAAUAUCUUUGGACUGCAGGCAGAAUCCGGCGUACCCAGAGGAAACCCAAACAUCGCGGGGAGAAUGACAACUUUGGGGUGGAAUUCGAACCCCUAAAUCCAGAGGUGUGAGGGAACGUACUGAGCCACCUUGCCAUAGAUGAAACACAUGCCAAGUGAAAUACAUCCUCCAAUCACCCUAAAACUAAAAACUAUGCCCAAGUUUGAUUGAAAUUUGUGCCAUAGUUCGUCCAAGACAAGUCACUGCUUAAUUGUCCAUAAUAUCUUAAACUAAUGAUUUGAGAUUAUUCUGUCACAGAAGGCUUCAAGACAAGGUGGUGUGAUUCGGGUGGACAAUCUUCCCUUGAUCACACUGCCUGCUGAACCCACAGGCUCUUUGCAUUCGUGACUUCUCUGAUUGAGUUUUAAGUUGGGGUGGUUUUCAGAUAUUGGCACAAUCGCUGGACGGCAUCCUUGGUCGUGAUAAUGCUGAGUAUGUUCUGGAUUUGCUCUUUGGACUGUAGAUUGGGAGUUAAGAUAAUGAGAAAACAUGAAAGGACUUCUUGCUCUGUGUUUCAUCUCCGUGGCGUAUCCACUUUUUUUACCCAGCCUCUGUCCAAAUUCUGGUGAGAGGCAGCGGGCGGGAAAUGGUUUAUACCUCACCUUCAUCUCAUUUAUACCUCGCUGCUUCCGGUUCAUACACACUGGGCUAUGGUGCUCAGUACCAUCUGGACCAAAGCAGAACCCUAACCUUCAGUGCCAGUAUUCGGAGCUGAUGGACGAAUCCUGGCCCAUAAUGGUAAAUAAACACACCACACUUCGCAACACAGUGUAGGCAGGCAAACAAUUAACGCCGAUCGACGGUUUAUUGACAUCGCUGCCGGUUUCAGCUAAUUGCACGCUGGGCAGCUUCUAUGAUUUCACGCUGAUCACAGCCGAAGCUGUCAGCAGGUGUACAAAUUUCUAAUUUGCCAAAACACAUUUAGAAUGCGGUAAACUAGUUAGAUAGCUUGUAAAUGGUAGACAACUAGAAUCUGCUGCAGGCAAAAGAAUAGCCCAUAUCAUGCUUAUUAGCUGUGUUUCUGUGUUACUUCUUUGUUCAUCUAUGAGGUUUUUAUGAAAGGUUUAUGUAACAUCUGAAUGCAGAGUUUAAUUAAACAUAAUUCCAGCUGACUUUACACUAUUUAUCCCGAUAGAUCAAGUACCAAGAGCCUUUCCCUCAGUGCCAAAGGUUCACAACUCUGCUACAGAGUGAGAAUAGCAGAGGAAAUUUACCUAAUUUGUACUGUUGCAUUGUAAUUCUCUUGCCCACCAGCUGCUGUGCAGCGAGAGCCAGGAAAUGAUUGGUUGAGAUUUCACCAUCUGCACUCGCAACGAUAUGUCGAGUAAAUGAAGGAUGUGAUUGAGUGUCCAGAAGCGCAGCUAAUGUCAUUACUGGACUGUGAGUUACGCUGUGCAAUUCCUGACAUCUGACCAAAUUUCCAAUGACCCGUUGAAAUCUUAACGCAAUCCCAACCAAUUUACGUGAUGUUUACGGAAGCUGGAUCUGUAUGCAUGCAAAUUUGUAUCCUGGGUAUGAAAUCCAUACGUCGUAGCUUUCGAAUUGAGCAUAAGGUAUGAAUUUGAAAUAGUGCUGAAUUCAGAAGCUAUACAUGUUUUCGAGCUUUAUUGUAUGAGUACAUUUUAGCGCUGAUUCUUUGUUGUAAGCUACCCUCACACUAGUUAAAACUGAAGCCAGGCAUUAAAGCUACAGUACAUUUUCUGUUAAGAAGUCUGCAUGGUUUUGGUUCAGUGCAGAUCUUGGGGGACCAUUAUUCAUAUUUGUCCCAACUGUUCCCUUAACAAAUAAAUCUUAAUCUGGUUAAUAAAGUUAGCAUUUUCAUUCAGCAGUUAAUAACAAUAUAAGAUACAGACCAUUUAAGAAACAUGUUAAUAAAAAGAUGAUGCGCAAUUAGUUUUGAUUUUAGUUUAUUUAUAGACCUAAAAUGACCAUAGUUUCCAUUUGGUUCAAUUAUGACAUAUGGUUCAGUUUCUUGUUCAGAUAUUUAAAAAAAUUUAAUAAAUCUUUAUUCUUUCAGCUUUUUAACUAGUACAAGGUUAACAGAAGGUCAGAAUAUAAUUCACACCCACAAAACCUUUAGCUGUAAUUUUUACUGAAACAGAAACCAGGUGUUUUCAGAGUAACUGGUAACAAAAUUACACAAGAAGUAAGACCUUUCUAGGGGUAAACAGUCACAUGAUUUAGCUAAUUAAUAAGCUGUAUAUUGGCUCAUUACAAAAAAAAAAAGUAAUUAACGUAAUUGAUAA